UCGGGAGGGGCCCCUGGGAGGUGAAGUUCGGAGUGCGGCGCCUACGGUGGAACUUCCGCUCCAGGGUGCUGCAAUCGGGGCCUGAGCUUCUCUCCGGAGUGCCCAGGAUUGAACCUAUGGCCUCACAUGUGCAAGGCAAGUGCUCCCCCGCUGAACUCCAUCACUGGCCCAUAGACGCUGACUUUGAAGAGUAGAACAUACCUUCCUAAGAAGAUAUUUUUAAAAGUCCGGAGCCUCUCUUCCUGGCCAAGAUGACCCCAGUCUUGCCCAUGGACAACCUCUGAAAGACCAAGAAGGGAAACAUGCGAAUAACAACCCAUCAGCCUCUCCAGAUCCUUCCAUCUGCGAUCGGCCUUGGAAUGGCUCACUUGAGGCAACUUGAGAACGCUGCUUCUGUUAAUCUUUCACGCUUCUGCCUGGCUGCCACCUGCUGGGACUGGCCAAAUGUCUACCGAGCAGUUCCUGUGUGACAGGCAUUGGCCCGAGUGCUGGAGAUAGAAAACUGAGUUCUCACCUCCUACAACGAGGCUCAGGGUUUUGAUGACCUGAGUCAGAGUUCCAUGACUCAUCCCAUAGUUUCCACACAGACCCAGCCUUUCCAGAGAAGGAGGACAAAAUGACCAAAUUCAAGGAGGUGGUGACAUUCCAGGAUGUGGCUGUGGUCUUCUCAGAGGAGGAGCUGGGGCUGCUGGAGCCAGACCAGUGGAAACUGUACCGGGAAGUGAUGCUGGAGAACUUCUGGAACCUGCUGUCCCUGGGGCAUCAGUCCUUCACACCAGAUGAUCUGUCCCAGCUGGGGAGAGAAGAAAAGCGCUGGGUGCUGAGGACAGUUACCUAUAGUGGCGGCAGCUCGGUUCUUUCAGGAGACAAGAAUCUGAAUGAGCUGGAGGCUCUCCAGGAAGAGGCAUCAAAGUCCCUGCCCCGUGGGGAACUUUCCUGCUCACAGAUCUGGCUCCAGGUUGCGAAGGAGUUAGCCAAGUGUCAGGAAUCUGUAGUGCGUGUUCACAUGGGCGCCUCUCAGUUGGAAAAGCAGGGCGGCACCCUCUUGGAAAAUGGGGAACGUGGCAAAGGCUUCCGUCCGAAUAUCUGUCUGCAGAUGCACCACAGAGUCCACCGUGCAGAGAGACCCCCCAUGGGGGAGGACGGGGAGGACAGUCCAGUUCCCAGCACGCCUCGCCAAGAGAACCAGCCGCCCCCGGUGGGCGAGAAACCCUAUAAGUGUGAGAAAUGUGCCAGCUCCUUCCGUCGGCUGUCAAGUCUCCAAGCCCAUCACAGAACCCACAGCAGGGAGAAGUCACCCAGGGGCGACAUGUGGUGCCAGAUUGUCUCUCAGUGGUGCCCGCCUCCUCACCAGCACGUUGUCCCCGAAGAGCAUCCCCACAGAUCCGCGCAAUGUGGGAGGAACAUGGAGGGAAGCUUGCCCGGCCCCGUGAGACCCCCUUGGGCUCAGGAGUGUGGACUCGAUCAGGGCACACCCCUGUGGCCCCGCCGGGGCAGCAGCAAACCGUACCGCUGUGACGAGUGCGGCAAGGGCUUCAGCUGGCUGUCCCGGCUGCAGGCACACCAGCGCACCCACACGGGCGAGAAGCCCUACAAAUGCCAGGUGUGCGGCAAGGGCUUCAGCUACAGCUCCCACCUCAACAUCCACUGCCGCGUCCACACUGGGGAGAAGCCCUACAAGUGUGAGGAGUGCGGCCGGGGCUUCAGCGUGGGCUCCCACCUGCAGGCCCACCAGACGAGCCACACGGGCGAGAAGCCCUACAAGUGCGCCGAGUGCGGCAAGGGCUUCUGCCGGGCCUCCAACCUCCUGGACCACCAGCGGGGCCACACGGGCGAGAAGCCCUACCAGUGCGACGCGUGCGGGAAGGGCUUCAGCCGGAGCUCGGAUUUCCACAUCCACUGCCGCGUGCACACGGGCGAGAAGCCCUACCAGUGCCAGGAGUGCGGGAAGGGCUUCAGCCAGGCGUCCAACCUGCUGGCCCACCAGCGGGGCCACACGGGCGAGAAGCCUUACAAGUGCGACACGUGCGGGAAGGGCUUCAGCCGGAGCUCGGAUCUGAACGUCCACUGCCGGAUCCACACCGGGGAGAAGCCCUACCGCUGCGAGAAGUGCGGGAAGGCCUUCAGCCAGUUCUCUAGCCUCCAGGUACACCAGCGGGUCCACACGGGCGAGAAGCCGUACCAGUGCGCCGAGUGCGGCAAGGGCUUCAGCGUGGGCUCGCAGCUCCAAGCCCACCAGCGGUGCCACACAGGCGAGAAGCCGUACCAGUGCGAGGAGUGCGGGAAGGGUUUCUGCCGAGCCUCCAACUUCCUGGCCCACCGUGGCGUGCACACGGGCGAGAAACCCUACCGCUGUGAGGUGUGCAGCAAGCGCUUCAGACAGAGGUCCUACCUGCAGGCGCACCAGAGGGUCCACACAGGGGAGAAGCCAUACAAGUGCCCCGAGUGCGGCAAGGGCUUCAGUUGGAGCUCGUACCUGCAGGCCCAUCAGCGCGUCCACACAGGGGAGAAGCCCUACAAGUGCGCCGAGUGCGGCAAGGGCUUCAGUUGGAGCUCGAGCCUCGUCAUCCAUCAGCGCGUCCACGCCAGUGACGAGGGUGGCAGAGUCGCAGCCCCUUCAGAGAAUGCCUUUUGGCAGGAAGCGCAGUGAGAUGCUUUCCAAACCUCAGCUAGAGCCCGGAUGCGUCUGAUCAUCAGGACUGUCUUCCUCUUCAUCGUUUUCUUCAUCACACACCUGACAGCACUGGCUUGGUCAGAAAGGGCUUCAGCCAGAGUGGGCCAUGGGGACCACAUAGCAGAGAAGUCUCCUGAGCAUGGAGACAGCAGGACUUGGUUCAGAAACAUAACCCCGAGCAGGUACAUGACAGGAGAGACUUAGGGCGGAGGAGACCUCCCUGCAGAGAAUCAAACCUACAAAGAGCAAAACCCCAUAAUCUCCACAAGAACACAUGAAGUAAGGUGAGGGGGGACAGUUUUGACUCAUCUGCUCUGCCUUUCCAGCACCUGGUGUCUUGUUACCUUUCAAGGUUUUGUUGAAUAAAAGGGCAGACCACCCUCUGCCAUCGUGCUUCCAAAAGGAAUUCUGCAAGAUUUGGAAGAUAUGUGGAUUGGACGCAAGUUCCUUUCCCCCAACCCUGCCGCUCCUGUGAACUAGUGUUUCUCCCACUGCAGGGGGCAGCUCACUAGAGGGUCCAGAGAGCGUUUCACCUGGCUGUGACCUGCACUUUAGAUGCGGCGGUGCCAUGUGAGGCAUCAGGAGUAUGCAUAAAUCUGUUUGUUUACAGCGUCAUGAAUUUUGACAACUGUUUGCACUUGCUGUCACCUCCCCCCCGCCACCCCCCCCCCCCCGGACAAUGUACACAAGGUUUCUGUUAAGCCAGAUGGUUUCUUUAUACAUAUUUCCUGUCAGUCCCCACCUGAGUGACAACAAACCUGGUUCCUAGA